GAGUAUGUUAAACAGUGAAGGAAAAUGAAAUGUUAAUUAAUGUUUAAUCAUGAAAAAUGUUAUCUGUACUUUGCAGCUUUUGGAAAAGCAAUCCAUGCCCUUUCCCGAAUUGGCGAUGAAUUAUGGUUUGAUCCUUUGAAAAACGGUCUUGCACUGAGAUCAGUUAAUUCUUCUGGAUCAGGAUAUGCUUGUUUUUUAUUUGCUCCCCUCUUCUUCCUGCAUUAUAGUCGGGAUGUCAAGCAGCAGCAAGAUUGCACUGAAGCUGAGGUUGUACCCCUCAACUGUAAAGUAGCAGUUAAGUAUAUUCUUCCUAUGUUUCGAUGCCUAACUACACUAGAGAGGAGUGUGGAAAAAUGCAAGAUUUAUGUAAAUUCAGAGGACUGCAGAAUAGUUUUUCAGUUCUGCUGUAAACAUGGAAUUACUAAAGCUCACCAUUUGGCAUUUCAGGAAUGUGAGUCCCUUCAGGCUGUGUUUUCGAAGCAGCUAAGCCCAAAUAUAGUGCGAUGUCAUGCAAGGCUUCUCUCUGACAUAGCAGUUCAUUUUCCAAUGUCUCAAGAAGAAAUUACUUUGACCGUAACUCCUUUGAAAGCAUUGUUCAAGAGCUAUGUAGAUGAAGACAAAGAUUUCUCAAAAAUAAUGCAAACUGAAGUGAGCUUAAAACCCAGUGAGUUUGAAUAUCUGCAGGUUGGAGUUGAUGCUGAGAUAACAUUUUGCUUAAAGGAGCUUAGGGGUCUUCUGGCAUUUGCAGAAUCAAUGAGCCUUUCUGUUUCAGCCCAUUUUGGAACAGCUGGGAAGCCAGUUGGAUUUAUCAUUGAUAACAUGAUGCUCGAAGCUAUUUUCGUUCUGGCUACAUUAACUGACAUUGGGAGUCAGUCAUCAUCACAGCAUACACAGAACUCAAAGACCUUUGACAAUAAGAGUGUUAAUCUGACUAACAUUCAGAUUGAAGAUGUGAAUAAAUUGAUUACUGAAGAAAUCAAUGCACCAGCUAUAACCAUAGGAACCACUUUACAAAAAGAUGCUCAGUGCCAAAUUCAGGAUGGAGAAGAUAACGGCAGGAGCCCCAAAUUAACUGAAGAGCUGAAACAAAAUGUCGAAACAUUCUCUGUAUGUAACAGUUGUUCAGAGGAUGGAGUUGAAAAUGAAAUGCUGGCUGGAACACCACCAAAUAAAAAGUUGUGUACACUAUUCUUCAGUGAAGUGCUGUCUAAAUAUCAGAAGAACAGUCAUCAAUCUUUAGUGUGCCUGGCAAAUGACAGUGAAGAGGAGGAGAUCAAGGAAGGAAAAUACAGGCAAGAUUCUAUCAAUUCAGAAAUGGCAGCCUUGGCAAUGUCUUGCUAAAGGGUUUCUGGAUCUCGAAAGCCCAGGGGCAGUAAAGCAUCUAAAGCAAAAAUCUUGUAGUACUUUAUUGCUGUUCCAACUAUAAGAUACAGACUGCUGUUCAAUGAGUUAAAGGGCAGAAAGCAAUUCAGUUUUCAUAUUCGAAAGCAUUACAGCAUUAACAAUAGCAAGUUCAAUGCCACAAGUUAUCAAUUGAUUACAUUAAUCCUUUUUGGGCAUAACAGUACAAAAUGAGUUUGGAUUCUUACCUGCCUGCAGAUACCAUUUUGAAUGCCGUUCAAAUUUCUUUAAAAAAUUUGAAAUGUAGAUCAAUCAAAUUUAAAUGUUAACUUAUUGCAAAUUGAAUCCCUUGAUCCAUACUUAGACUAACAAGAAACCUGGAAAAAAUUUCUAUGCAAUUGCUUUCAUGACCUCAACUUUCUAUUUAGUGAUGUUUCAAUAAAUUUUCUAUUUUGGAAGAUAGCUAAUGUAGAACCUUAAACUGCCAUUCGGGGACUAAAGAAAUAAAAAGGACUUAUUAAAAAUAGUUUAACUUAUUAUAGUAAAUCUUUGAAACUCAAUAUGUGAGUUCUUUUGUACACUUUUUCCAUGUCUGUGUACUUAAAGUCAUGCAGUAGUCCCUCAAGACAUACUAACUCCCACAGCAGCGAGAUUUCAGUAACUGAGACAGUACACCAAAAUGUUAAAUUAUUUAUAUUAAACCCAAGUAUAUUUAAGUCCUUGAAAUGGUGGGAAAUACAAUAUCUAGCUUUUGCUGGAGCAAUUUAGCAGGGUUCAAUGCAUUUCUAAAAUUUCAUUAUUGAGAUUCGUUGACAUGUUCUUACGGUCCCAAAUUACAAUUAUAAUCUCAGCAUAAUACAUGAAUGGUUUACUGGAUGACCAGUUUAGUGGAAAAUGGUUUAGUGGAAGCAUGUUUAUGAAUUUUACACUCAAUGUUGAAUUGCCAAAUCAUUUUUCUACUGAGCUGUAGUAUGUCUGAUUGUAAUAGUCAAAACAAGAUAGCUGUUAACAAGUAUCCAAAAUGUUUUGUGAAGCAUGGAAUUUGUGUUCUGAGCUUGUCAAAAUUUAGGUAAUUAAUCUGUAGAAAAUUUUGGCAACUAAGCAGUUUCUGUGAAUAUUUAAAAAUCAAAUCAGUGAUGCUUACAGCAGUGGAUGCCACUUAGCCUAUUAAGCAUACAGGCUUUGCCAGAGGGAGAGAAAUACAGAACUCCUAGUCUGAAAAUAACACAUGAUGCCUGGCACUACCAGUGAAGCAUUAAGUUUGUUAUGCACAGCAGAAAAGAUUAUUGCCUAUAUAUUGUAUUCAAUUUACUAAGUUAAUAGAAUUCAAAUACAUCAGAUUAUUCACAAAGUAUCAUCCAUAUUGUCGAUGAAAAAUUAAUGAAAUAUAAGAGUUGACUAUUUGCAUAUUCAGCAUCUGUGCAUUUAUAGUCCAUAUUAUUCUCUUAAAAAGUGCAUGCAAGGAUUCUGACAGUUGACAAAUCUGAGUAUUAAAUAGUAAAUGGAAAAAACUGGACAAAAAGAACCAAGUAUCUAACCUUGAAAUUUUGCUAAUCCAUAUUUAAGUAUGGUAUUUAGAAUCACCAACUGGCUAAAUAUGAAUAUGUCAAGUUGUAAUUGAAAUAAAUUAUAUAUUGGUGCGCAAAGCUCUUUUUGGAAUUUAAGCUACUGUUUAGAUUACAAAAAUGUUAUUCUUGAAAACAUUGCAUUCAACAUUAAAAAUAUAAAAUGAUGUAGUGUUUGAUACUGUAAACAGCAUAUAAUGACCACAUAAUGCUGGUAGGCAUAUUGAACUAGGAUGUGCUUCAAUAUUUGAAAUGUGAAGGAGGAUUUCUUCAUAAAGGCAUCCCUGGAAAUUAGUCCUGUUUAUUCCCAAGAAGUUAUGUCUCCAAAUUUAAAAUAACAGAAAGCAUUCCAAACUUAUCUCUAAUGCUGGAAAUAAGUACACAAAUCUAAUCAUCCUUUAGAAUAUCCCUAACACAUUUGGUAUUCAGAAGGAAUGGCACAUAUAUUCUAAGUAUUUUCUGUCUGGUUUGUGAAGAUGUGCAGUACAGGGCGGGAGGGGAAGAGGAGGGGAGAGAGGAAUGUUAGUAUUAACCAUUGGUGUGAAAAAACCUGGGAUCAGAAAUGGGAAGUUGAUUAAAGCACAUUUUAAUACUUUACAUGUUUAUGAUUAAUAAUUUGGUGGAAUGAAGGUUGUCAGAAGAAAAAAUAAUUUGUGUUAGUAUGUUGAUGGCUCUUCAAGUUUUAUAAUUCUUGGUAAUAUUACAUCUCCAUUUGCAUUUAGCGAUGUCAUACAUUAGACUAGACAUUUGCAGUCUUGAUACAUUUUUCCUGGUUUUUAUUUCUUGUUCCUGUUUUGAUUAGUUUUUACCUUUCUAUGUAGCAUCUAGAAUACAAUGAUGAAUAUUCUGUGCUUAUUUUAGACCAUGCCAUUUUCUACUUAAGCUUCCCAACACCCACUCUUAAGGGCCAACCACCAUAAGCCUUAUCCAGCAAUCUUCUCUAGCAAUCCUAUUCCAGAAAGUGCAAUUAUAAACUGUCCUAAGGCAAUUGUAUUGGUUGGGCUGCAAUGUUAAACCAAAAAAAAUUAAUACAUGUUUUAUAAUUUGCAUUUUGAGAACAGUGUUGUAUUUGGAAUAUGGCUUGAUGCUUCAUGUCCUGCAUCUUCUGCUGAAUAGGUCUCAUGUUGUAAUCUUCCUCCAGGAAACUAACUCCCCUCAAGGUUCUUUCCAGUUAUACAUGUUCUCUUACAAACUUUUGUUAAUCAAUUCUACCCAACCCCAAGGGCUUCUGCCCACUGAUUUUUUUCCUAACAUUCAAUUUAAAAGUGUAAGGUUGAUUAACCAAGUGUACAACUAAAGCAAGAAAUAAGUUUUAUAUGUAUUUAACUUAAUAAAAUUAAAAAUGCAAAUUACUUUUGCUGGUCCUCAAAAUGAAUCUGCUUUAUGAAAUAGUACAUCAAAUCUACUGGUGAAUCGUCAGAGGAGUUCAAUGGAACAUGGAAGAAAUUAUCAAGCAAACAGCUACAUAGAAGUUCUGGAUUAACAUUAGUCCCAAGUCCCAAAUGCCUAUACAGUUGGGGCAACAACCAUUCCUACAGAUGCAAACACAAGGAAACACAAGGAAGAUGCUGGAAAUUCAAGCAACACACACAAAAUGCUGGUGGAACGCAGCAGUCCAGGCAGCAUCUAUAGGAAGUACAGUUGACGUUUUGGGCCAAGACCCUUAGUCCUGACUUUCCGACAGAUGAUACUUUGGGGCAUAUUUUAGCAGUUUGAAAACUGCAAAUUAGUAAGACAUUACAAUACUUGCCCAUGCAUUUCUUCACCCAUUCUUUCCAGU